GAUAACUUUUGAUUUGACGCAUGCGCGUUAAUCUAUCCGGCAUUUACACUCGCUAUGGCAACACAGGACUCUGGUGUUGUGACGGGUUUAGCCAAUGAAUCAACCGUUAUCAGAGACAGAUGGAAAAUUGUGAAGAAGGUCGGCGGCGGAGGAUUCGGUGAGAUAUAUGAGGGUAUCGACGAAGAGAACGGCGAACGAGUUGCCGUCAAGUUGGAGGCUGCCAAUCAAGCUAAACAAGUGCUGAGGAUGGAGGUGGCUGUUUUGAAAAGGCUGCAAGGAUUUCCCCACGUCUGCAAGUUCUUCGGUUGCGGAAGGAAUUCUCGUUUCAACUACAUGGUCAUGUCACUUCAAGGUCCAAAUCUAGCAGAGUUACGUCGCCAGCAACCGCACGGCAUCUUCAGCUCAAGCACGACCUUAAGAAUUGGAGUACAAGCUCUUAAAGCGAUCCGGUGUGUCCACCAGUGUGGCUUCCUGCAUCGAGACAUCAAACCGUCGAACUUUGCGGUUGGGAGCUCAUCAAAGACGAGCAACGUGUUGUACAUCUUGGACUUUGGCCUGUCAAGACAGUUUUUGGACUCUGCGGGAAAGCUAAGAGUUGCUCGUACUGUUGCCGGCUUUAGAGGAACUGUUCGUUAUGCUUCGGUAAAUGCACACAAGUCAAAGGAGUUAGGACGUCAUGAUGACAUUAUAUCUCUUUUCUACAUGUUGGUGGAGUUUACAAUUGGUCAGUUGCCGUGGAGAAAACUCAAAGAAAAAGAAGUCGUUGGGAAGAUAAAGUCAGAAUUUGACCACAGCAUGUUUCUCAAGGAACUGCCGUCUGAAUUUGGACCAUUCUGGCAUCAUCUUAAAGGGCUGACGUAUGAACAGAAACCAGACUUCUCGCUCCUUCUCUCUCUGCUACACAAAGCCAUUAUCGGGCGAGGCUACAAGGAUACGGAUCGUUAUGACUGGGAAAAGAACUGGGUGGACGGAUCCAUUACAACUACAACGACAUCGUCUGUUCCUCUUGCCGCUGCUGCAGCUAACUCAGAAAAGAAAAAAGGUGGAAGUAAAGUAGUGAGUCGUGGCACUAGCUUUGGUCCUCGAGGUCAACCAACACCUCUUGGAGCGGUCAGGCAAGUGACAUCGCAUUCAGCUCAAAGUGUCGGAAGUCUGGCUGAAGAUCUUAAUGGAUCCAUGGACAAACAGGAACAAGAACAACAUGACGCAAGAGAGCAAUGUUAUAUUGACGAUGUAAACAUGGCGAAAAAUGUACAAAAUAUUGAGAACAACAGCAGAAAAUCAUCACCUCAAUCGUGUUCAGCACCACCCGUCUCUCCUCAGGACAAACACGAUGUUAACAACAACAGCUCAGGGAAUUCGUCAAAAAAAUCAAAGGAGAGUGUCAGUGAACCAUCGUCUAGGCAACAGCAAAGGGAAAGCAGCAUCAGUGCCCAUCGUUGUAAUAGCCAGUCGAGCAACGCAAAGUCAAGCAAACAGACGAGCAGCAUAAGUGAUCGUAAGAGUUGUUUGAAGUCAACCAGCGAGCAUCAACGUUCCACAACAUCGAAUGAACCAUUGAAGUUACCGUUUCAACCGAGACCACCUCCAGGCAAAGCAAGUCGGCCUUGUCUGUCUGCAAGACUGCGUCGAUUUCAUGUCCAGUUACCCGACACCGAAGUUACAUAAACAAUUCUCAACUAAUCGAACAAAGUACGUUUCUAUUUAUUUAUAUAUUUAUAUCUGAUUGGUACAGACCACAUGAGAUGCCGUGUAGCACACGUGGAGAAGUGGUAGCUGUUAUGCAGCGCUUGUUUACAACAAUUUUUUUCUAUUUUCAGUAUAAGGUUGUCUUACAGUAUAAUUGACAGUAUGACUGAUUGAGUGUAUGAAGAUUGCGUUGUCAUUGCUUUCAGUGCGUACUGUUUAUCAAACAUUUGAAUGUAUGUGGGUAGUUGAGUUCAGAUAAACUAUGUUGUCUGAUGUUGAUUUCAGCAUUUUGUGAUCUCGCUUUUGAUUGCAGCUCUCUGUGUGUGCUUGUAUGAUAGAAGUCUGGUGUUUCGUUUCUGGCGAUGAAAUGCCAUUGUUCUUUCUCACUUUUUGAUGAGGUGUGUUGCAUGAACUAUAAACGGGUGUGGGUGCUGUGGGGCUAGCUUCCUCACAUCGUUAGAAGGAAUGUUAGUUUGCUCUAAGGUGAGUGUAAUGUUUCUAAGGUUAGUUUAGUGGUUGCAUAGAGUGUGUAUUCCUUAUUGUUUCAUAAAUGGAGAGUCACUUGGCUGCAAACAUGGAUACUGCAGAAACGUGGCUAAUGCAACAACAGAACACUCACAAAACAGUUAAAUUAACAUAAACAACUUAUGGUCUGGCUGCAACUGGGAGUGACACACUGAGGAUCAACGCUCUAAUUUAUCUUGUAUUUUCUGCUAAUCUUGAGCCAUCAACUUGUACACGAGCUAUCGACAAUUGAAAGAUUUAAUCAUGUGCCAUUCAACUUUGUGUCUUCUGGGCCUGACCUCACUGGAACUGCU